GAACUUUUGGUGCAGGAAGCCUGAAAUGGUAGAAUCUGCAGACCAAAAGCAGCGGAGAGCGUGGUGGCGGAGCACUUUGAUCUCCUCCAUCUUAGCCUCCCUGACUCAAUUAGCCCUAUUCACGGUUGUUCUCGUCUGCCCUGAUUCUUCUAUGCCCUCCCUCCUUCCGCUCUCAGCUGUAGCGCUUCUGGUUGUGAUCGCGUCUGGGAGAUGCUGCAAGAGGCGGCUUCGAGUCCGAGCAUCAGCGCCGGCGUUUGUUUUCUUCAGUAUCAUCUUCAUCUGGGGCGUUUACAUUGGAGUCGUUCGACAAGUCAUUUCGCUUUUGAUGGACAUUGCGGUCAACUCAGAGCUCCUUAUGCUAUUUAUUGGUCUAUGCUGUAUAAUGUCAGUGGACCCCGGUCAUAUUAAAAAUGAUUCUUCCCACCUCAACGAGCUUCUUGAAAGUCAGGCUUUGGCAUCUGAAGGUCCUUCAGAGGAAUCGGUACCUUCAAGUUGGGACAUGCCCUAUGAGCUUGCUGCUCAAGAAAUUUCUGUUCCACUCCAGAGAAUAAGAUACUGUAGGCAAUGCAAGGCAUAUGUAAAGGGCUUCGAUCACCAUUGUCCUGCUUUUGGGAACUGUAUAGGUCAGAAAAACCAUGUCCUCUUCAUAACCCUCCUCUUUGGGUUUGUUGUUACAGAGGCUUCUUAUAUAGCAUGCUCAUCUCAGUUUACUACAAAGACUCAGACCCUGGAUAAAACUGGGGAGCAGGCUAGUCUGUCUAGAAAUUUAGCUGUCAGCACUAUGCUGUUCUCUCUUCUCCAAAUGCUGUGGCAGGUUGUGUUCCUGGCAUGGCAUAUUUAUUGCAUCUGUUUCAACAUCAGAACUGAUGAAUGGAUACACUGGAAUAGGUACCCAGAGUUUCAUCUGAAUGUCCAGCCUGAACCAGGGCAAACCUCAAGUGCUACAGAAACACGGUUUAUAAAUCCAUAUGACAAGGGGAUUUUCCUCAAUGUGAAGGAAUUUCUGACAGCAAAAGGGUAAUCAAAGCACUCCUAAUUCGCCACACAUUUUACUGUAAACGAUUGACAAGUUCGUGUGGUUGUGUAUUGCUUGAUGGUUAAAUCAAGUUGAUUGGAUUAGAGCAGUGACCAUGCCAUCCCCGGUAACCUGGUAUCAAUGGAAAGACACAAUGAGACUCCCAGUUGUAUUCAUCAGUUUUGAGUUGAGGAUUUUCACUUCAAGCAGAUGCAGUUCAAAGCUCAUCCCUCUGAAUUUAAUAUACAUCCACGGCCAUGUCCACUGUGCAUAACACAUUGGAAACAUUAUGUAAUCUGUUUCGGUGUAUUUAAUACCCUAGCAUCUGGACUCACUGUUUUAUCUUGGAUCUCUUGCCAAUUUUGUACAUUUAAGCAGGGUUUUUGUUUAGAGACCAUAGAUUAAUUUAUUUAAAUGCUAGAAGGAUUAAUCCAGGAA